CUGCGGCCUGCGGCUCUGUGCGGGCUGUGAGCUGCGGGAGGUGGGCGUCAGAAAAAUUUUGCUUUAUGAUGCAGAAUUUGGGUCGUGCUCCUCCAUCGCAGAAUAAGAGAAUCUGUCUGAAAGCACUGCUCGGACUCCAUACACUCGAAGCGUUAGGAUGGGAAACAGUGCAUUGAAAGCCCAUCUGGAAACAGCACAGAAGACCGGUGUGUUCCAGCUGACGGGAAAGGGACUCACAGAGUUUCCUGAAGACCUACAGAAGCUAACAAGCAACUUAAGGACAAUAGAUUUGUCGAACAACAAAAUAGAGCUCUUGCCACCACUCAUUGGAAAAUUUUCUCUUUUGAAGAGCCUUGUUCUAAACAACAACAAACUGACUGCUCUACCUGAGGAGCUGUGUAGACUGAAAAAACUGGAAACACUGCAUUUGAAUGGCAAUCACUUGAGGCAGCUACCAGCUGCAUUCGGACAACUUUCAGCUCUCAAAACUUUGAGUCUUUCUGGGAACCAGCUUCGGACUGUGCCUACACAACUUUGUGGUCUUCGCCACUUGGACGUGGUGGAUCUUUCCAAAAACCAGAUCCAAAAUGUACCUGACAGUGUGGGAGAACUGCAGGCCAUUGAACUCAAUUUGAAUCAGAACCAGAUUUCCCAGAUCUCAGUGCAGAUCUCACACUGUCCACGUCUCAAAGUCUUGCGUUUAGAAGAAAAUUGUCUAGAACUUAGCAUGCUUCCUCAGAGUAUCCUCAGUGAUUCCCAGAUCUCACUGCUUGCAGUUGAAGGCAACCUCUUUGAAAUCAAGAAACUCAGAGAACUGGAGGGUUAUGACAAGUACAUGGAACGAUUUACAGCUACAAAGAAGAAGUUUGCGUGAUUUUGUUCUGGUUGUGUGUAUCCCUGGUAAGAAGUUAGUGACUGAGUCACCCACUUCACUGACGUAAACCAAGACUGAUAAAGGAGAUCAGAGUAUCCUCUCUAUUAGUUGUAUACAGUCGGUAAGACCACAUUGAAUAAACUGGAACUAGAGAGCACGGGUAUUGUACUGAUGAACCUGCCUAGGGGCCAGUUUUCUUUUUGAGCCGCUACAACUUUUAACACAGUACACAUUCUCUGUUGCCAGGGCUCGUUCUUCCAUAGAGAAGGGGAAAGAGUAUUCCAAAUUUGCCAGUUUCCCUUUGUCAGGAAGCUGCUGAUUGAUUUUGAAGAGAAUUAUUUCUCCUGGAAUCACUUUCCAUGAUAGUACAUGAAAGUUUUGCUUUCAAAGCAGAUUCAAAACGUUGUAUAUUUUGCAGUAAGCUCUUCUACAGUGAAUUCUUCUACAGAGAACUUCCACAGAUGAUGUUUUAGUUCUUAACUUAUGCAAGUUUUUCUAUGAAGCACAGAUAGUUAUAGCCAAAUUAAUUUUUAUUAACUGCCUCUAGUAAACAAAUCAUGACUUGAGCAUUCUUCAUUCAUACUUUUCUGUAUGGACUUUCUUUUCCCAUAAGCAAGAAUUGCACUACAGUCCUCUACUGCUUGAGCUAUGUCAAAUAAAAAUGAAGUUCACCUUUAGUGUAUUCAGUAAAAAUGUAUACUGCUGGAAAAUAUAAUAUCCUUGCACUGACUCUUAGUGAAAGUCUUAGCUGUCUCCCUACUGCUGCUGCCUUAGUACCAAAAGCACCUAGACAGAACUGAAGAUGUAUGCAAUUAUUUAACUUAUACUAAAGAAGGUGUACUUGUUUAUUUUAGUAAAUUGUUUUCAAAAACUCA